AUGAUAACGAGUCCUUCGUUUCCCUUCGUACGGUUAUUACCAUUUCGACCCUCGAUCUAAAGCAAAUGGGAAUUCAAUGUAGCCUUCUACUCAUUGUUGGAGACUAAACUCGCGAGUGACCCCACCAAGUCCCUCUGAGCUUGCUACAACCAGAAUGUACAUCCUAGGAUUUCUGCGAAGUAUCCACUACCCCAUGGCACUGGCCGUUUUGAUUCCUCCUGCAAGAUGCCGCGGCAAAUUCGCUGGCAGGUUUGGGAACCCUCAGUUGCUGGAACGAUCUUCAGAAUGCGGGAAGUUAAUGGCCAAACUCUCGGCUGAAUGCUUGUCUGAAUUACCCCGUACGAAAGCAGAGCCAAAAUCGCGCUUGGUAACAACCCCCGAGUUCUGAUUGGUGAUGGACUCAGUGAUCUACACUCACACCCAGCGUCACCGGGAUUGUAUCUCCUAGGUUGGCGGAGAAGUUCUGGGGUAAUUCAACUAAAGCACAGCUUGAUUUGCUUUGUCUCCCAAAUGAUACCCUCCGUGCUUUCUUUUCGGCCAGAUAUUGGGGAGUCCGUUAAGGGUCACCGUCCUUGCGUAGGAAACCCGGCUGUUGCUUUUUGCCGAAAUAUUUAUACAGCCGCAGCUCCCAACUCCCAAGGUAGCCUGUUAUUAUUCUUGCAGGCCUUCUGUCAAAUCUCAGCUGUAUCUCUAUCAGCAAUGGCUUCACCCUCCAAUUUGUCCCCCGAAUUGAAGGGGGACGAUCAUCAGAUAGAAAGCCCACCAAAUGAAAAGUGCCAUAACAGCCUGACAAUGGUGACGGACGAACCCAAGAUCGAAGACGUUGAGGAGAUCCGGAGAACCGUGGAAUCUUACACCCCCGAGGAAGCAAAGCGAAUCCUUCGAAAGGUUGACUAUCGAUUGGUUCCACUGCUGGCAGUGCUCUAUCUCCUGGCUUUCAUUGAUAGAGGGAACAUUGCCAAUGCUAAGAUUGCGGGGAUGGAGAAGGAUCUCAACCUUCAUGGCUCGCAAUAUAACAUUGCUUUGACCCUGUUUUUUGUGCCUUACGGUCUCUUCGAAGUUCCGAGCAACAUCGUCCUUAAGAUGCUACGACCUUCUGUGUGGAUUUCAAUUAUGAUGUUUUCAUGGGGAACUGUGAUGACUUUAAUGGGUGUCAUAUCCAACUACAAAGGUCUCCUGGCAACGCGCUGGUUCCUGGGAGUUACUGAAUCGGGGUUCUUCCCAGCGGCAACAUAUUUGUUGACGAUCUGGUACAAGCGCUAUGAGGUUCAACAGCGAAUGGCAGUUUUCUAUGCUGCAGCAUCACUUUCCGGUGCGUUUUCAGGACUUCUAGCGUUUGCUAUCGAGAAAAUGAAUGGAGUCGGUAACUACGCUGGUUGGCGAUGGAUUUUUAUCAUUGAGGGUCUUCUUCCUGUGGUUCUUGCAGCAAUUGUGUGGAAAAUCCUUCCGGAUAGUCCAGAGCAGGCCCGGUUCUUGACAAAGGCCGAAAGAGAGUUUAUUGUUAACCGGCUCGCUCUUGAAACCGGCUCCGGACAUGGAAAGGUUACAAACUCUGACAAGAUACAACUCCAUCACAUUGUUGCUGCGUUUAAGGAAUGGAAAAUUUGGGGUGCCAUCAUUCUCUUCUGGGCCAAUACCAUUGGUGUUUAUGGUUUCACGGCAACUGUUCCUACGGUGAUCGCUGACCUGGGCUACACAGCAGCACAUGCGCAGCUUCUCACUAUUCCUAUCUAUGUGGUCGCUAUGAUAGUCACCCUGGCAUUUGCGUUUGUCUCAGAUCGCUACCAACAGCGGACUCCAUUCAUCAUUGCUGGCUACGUUAUUGCCGUCUUGGGUUUUACCUCCCAGCUUGCCAUACCGCAUCCUGAGUAUCCUGGACUGACAUACGGCAUGCUCUUCCUCGUUGCCGCUGGACUUUAUGCGCCUUUCAUUUCCAUUGUCUGUCUAAUUGGUAAUAAUCUCGCCCCUUCUUCAAAGCGCGCUGUUGGAAUGGCGUUGCUAAUCUCCAUCGGAAACUGGGGCGGCAUCGCGGGGUCGAAUAUCUACCGGGAGAAUGAGAAACCAAAAUAUCCAACUGGUUUUGGAGUGUCUCUUGCCAUGGCAGUCAUUGCAAUUAUCACAGCAUUCGUACUAAGGGUAGCGUAUCGGAGAGUUAAUAGGCAGCGUGAUCUGUUGUUGGAACAAGAAGGAGAAGAAGCAAUCAGGGCACGGUAUACCGAUCAAGAAUUGUUGGAUAUGGGUGAUAUGAGCCCGUUCUUUAGAUAUACACUGUGACAACUAUGUGUCACUUGGCAUAUUUGUCUCCUUUGGCAAGAGACAUCCUACAUAUAUGGAUGACGAAACA